ACGAACUUCACCCAUAAAAGCGGGCAUUUCCUAGUCGCAUCCGAAAAGUACUUCGGGAAGUGCUUUAACAAGCUGGAUUACGUCUGCGUCGCCCAUGUCUCAAACGAAUCGUCACCAUGUCUGACAGGAAGCCUCCGACUCCGCUUUCCCCCUCGACGGUAGCUUCGUCCGCUCCUAAGUCUCGUCAGGGUUCUAUUGCUUCAGCCUCAUUUAUCUCUCCCGAAAUCGACAGAGAACAACUUUCCCAGGCGCUUGAUAAGAUUCAUAAUUCUGCUAAAGAGAGGGAUAGCUUGACGACAUUUAACGACAUCGCACCUCCCCCCGACUUAGCCGCUUCUAAUGAAAGUAAAGGACUUGCGAGUGAUAUCGUGCAAAAUGGCCUGAGUGGUCUAUAUUCUCGAUUUAAAGAGGCAGUUGGGGUUAGUGGGAAGGAUAAAUCUACGGCAGCAUCAAGUGCUACCACCAAGGAGAGGACUGAUCCAAACGAUGGGGACACUGCAUCUAGGAAAAGCUCCAGCACUACUGCUACAGCUUCCAAGAUUUCCACCUCAUUACUGCGCACUGAUACUGCGAUCACUAGUUCAACGCUUAAUUCAAACCUGUCCGAUCCGAUGGCGUCUACUAUUUCUUCCUCGGGAAUCGCUCUAACCAACGAAAGCCAAUCCCAACAGCCUCAGUCAACAAUGGCCUCGUCUGUCACCAACAUAGCCGGUGUAGCUACUUCGAAAUCCGCUUCCUCAAGCCGCCAAAGCAUACCGAAUAUGACAAAGGCAACGGCCACUGUUGCACCAGCACACGUUAGCGCUUUUAAGGAAACACCUCGUGGUACAUCAACAAAGACCGAAGAUGGUUCAAGUAGGGGAAACCCUAGGAGAAGCAGUACUAAGGCCAACGAAGGACAGCCCACUAUUCCCGUCUCCGAGAUGUCGACGAUACACGAUAUGCCGGGUACCAAGCGCGUUCCCACUCUUGACAAGAUCAAUAUACCUACCCAUAAUAGACGAGAAGGAGGGUUGUCUAUAGAUGGAAAUAUCGAUUCGCCUACUAGUCCUAUCAAGAGGCCAAGCGUCGUCGCGUCAAUUUCCACGGCCUCUAACGCUACUUCAUCUGACUCUUACGUGUUAUCUCAAUCCACCCGCCCCUCUGUGAAGGAUACGGUUAAACGACCCGCUCUGCUUGACAGGAUUAGUUAUUCUCGGCAUCGGAGUGAUCUCUCGAGGUCCUCAUCCUUGUCGCGAGGAACUACUGAACAUAGUCCUAUAAGCACAUCUGCUCACAACAGUGUCCAUCACGAGUCAUUUACACAAGCUCCUCAGCCUCAACGGAUAAGAUCCGGAGAGUACAGAAUUCCCGGCACGACUACGGAUGAAGGCGCUCCGGAAAUAGUCAACGCUAAACUUGCCUCUAUGCGAAAACAAGUCCUGAGCAAGGAUUUCUGGAUGGCUGAUGAGACUUGUAAGGAGUGCUUUUUGUGUGGUGCUCCAUUCACUGCCUUCCGCCGCAAACAUCACUGCAGAACCUGUGGUUGUAUUUUUGACAGUGGAUGCACAUCUAUCAUCGGAGGCCAACGAUUUGGUGUUCAGGGAACAUUGCGUGUCUGCAACCCUUGCUUAAGCAUCAUCGUUCAAAGGCAAGAUGGGACGUUGUCAGAUGAUGAUUCGGCUGAUGAUUCAUUUCUUCCCGCGAUUUUUCGCUCGACCCAAUCUAAACGAGGAUAUUCGCCAUUUUCGAAGGCCGAUCGAGACGAUGCUAGUUUCUCUGAAAGAACUGAGGAUUUCGACGAAGAUAAUAGAUCACUUACUGCUCCGAUGAUGGCAAUUCCCGCUGCCAGACGCAUUGGCGAAUCCUCGAAUCGUAACUCCGCCGUAUUAGAAAUUGACGUGCCACAGCUUAGUAGACCAAGCUCGUCUAGAUCUCUUAAGUCGGGUACCCCAGGCAGGCCCCAGUCUUCCGGCCACAGGCGUCAUCACUCAAAACAUAACUUAUGGAACCGCCUCAAAGCUUCACCAGAGCAAAGGGCGCCUUUCCGAAAAUCCGCGAAGGAGGAAGCCGGUAGAAAGUCAGGCCUACACGCUUUCCACGAUGACAAUGUCAUUGAUCCGGAUCUAGCUCCAUUCAUGUCCGAUGAAUCUAGUGGCGAUGAACAAAUGAGCAUCGCUGGAGUGAUGGCUGGAUCAGAUCUCUAUCCGCCAACCGAUUCCGAGCGGUCAAGCUUCGGUGCAUACCUAAAUGCAGGAAGGAAACUUAGAAGUCGAGGUCAAAUGGAGAAGAGCACCAGCGCAGUAAGCUUCACGAGCCGUGGCCUUGACGAUUUCCACCCAAGAUCUUCUAGGCGACGAAACUUGAGCAUUGCUAGUGGAAAUCAUCUUCGCUCUCCUCGACCCAAAUCAUCUGCGCUGAGAGGGCCGACUGGCUCAAGUGAGACUCUCCCAUUGUUUGACAGCCCCGGCGGGCCUGAAUUGCCACGCCUUACUCGAAGUUCGUCUAUGAAGGGAGAUAAAGAGCCUCGCUUAGAACUCAAUCCUGCAAGUCUGCUACACGUUCGAAAGCUAUUACAACAACUCCUUCAUGACUCCGAUAUACCAAACGUAGCGGCAUGGGAAAAGGCUCUAGUACCGGUGCUUUUGAAAUGCACCUCGUCCGUGGAUCCAGACAUUGAUAGUGGAGAUGACAUUGACAUCCGACAUUACGUCAAGCUAAAAAAGAUACCUGGAGGCAGGCCUAGUGAUACCUGCUAUGUUCCCGGUGUCAUUUUUACCAAGAAGCUUGCACUGAAGAGCAUGCCGCGCCGUAUGCCUAAUCCUCGCGUUGUAAUUGUUUCUUUCCCGAUCGAGUAUCAACGGCACCAGCAGCAGUUCAUGAGCUUGCAACCAGUCAUCGAACAAGAACGAGAAUUCUUGAAGCAGCUGGUGAAUCGAAUCACCGCCUUGCGACCUCAUCUCCUAUUAGCGGAGAAGAGCGUAUCGGGCCUCGCAUUGCAGUUUCUGUCAGACGCCAAGAUUUCUGUGGUCUACAACGUAAAGCCGUCCGUACUUUCGGCAGUCUCGAGGUGUUUGGGGACCGAAAUCAUUUCUUCGGUAGAUAUGCUGGCUCUUCCUCCACACCAGUUUCAAACAGGCAAAAGCACGAGCUAUGAAGUGAAGACAUUCGUGAACGAGGAAAUUCCUGGUCGGAAAAAGACAUACAUAUUUUUGUCGAGCAACCAGGAAGAACUUGGAUGCACCAUUGCCCUGAGGGGAGCGUCUACCAAUGUUCUUUCGAAGCUCAAGCGCAUAACCGAGUUUAUGGUGUAUGUGGUAUACAACCUUAAACUCGAGUCUUGUCUGAUACGCGAUUCGUAUAUCCAACUUCCUACCGGUGAAGACAUGUCAAGAGAUCCUUCACAGCCUGCUGAGGGAAGUAUGAUCUCGUUUGGCACAAGGACGUCCGCCUUAGAUGAUGAUGGUCAGAGAAGUUUACGUACAUCUAAUCAAGAUGAGAUACCUCCAAGCCAAGAAGAUCCACCCUUGGAUAAGACUGUCGAGGCGCCACCAAGCGAUAUCACACCACAAGACCAACCCCCUUCACAGCCUAAUGACCGGGUGGUUUCCCUGCACGAAUCGCAUCCUCGCUCUGUCCACGACAGUCCUAUUCCAGAUGAUACCCCAAUGCCAACAUUCUAUAGUGAUAUGGUGGCUAAGUAUGAGACUAAGAUUCUCUCCGCGUCUCCGUUUGUCAAAUUCGCUCAACCGUAUCUACUUAUGAAAGCUCGGGAACAGGAAAGAAAAUUACUGCAUUUGAAACGAUUACGCGAUCAUGAUGUAGUCGACGAACGGGCCGAUGGUGAAAAGCCGAAUCAGAAAUUCCAACUCAUUAAGCCACGAAUGGUCCUCGAGACUGGCCACAAAGCACCACGGCAAAUGAUGGAAAUACUCCACGCAGUGCACGAUGCCGAGUACGACAAAGCCUUCUACAACUAUCAGACACAGACGCGUCAGUGGGAAAAUUACAUACAAAGUAAUAUUGGUCUAUUCGAGCCUUAUGCGCAUCAGAACAUAGUCGUUCUCCAUUCGGUUAUUUGCACUGAAACUAAAAUCCCGUGCUUGGAGCCCACAUUAUUCGCUUUUGGUUUCUAUGACGAACACGUCGAUGGAAACAGUGGUAUGGCUCCUGACUGCACUUUAGGCCAAUACAUCGAGGACAUCUGCUAUAGCGCAGACACGAAUUGUACAUCUAAUGGAUGUGAUCGCAAGAUGUAUGAGCACCAUCGAACGUAUGUCCAUGGUGAAGCACGCAUCACUAUCUUCAUUGAGCAGGAUACUAGAGGUAGACUCGGCGGUGAAAAUAUCGUGAUGUGGAGUUUCUGUAAGCUUUGCAAGCGCGAAACUAGCCAGAUGGAAAUGUCGAAAGGGACUUGGAAGUAUUCGUUCGGGAAAUAUCUCGAAUUGUCGUUUUGGAGUAGAGGUACUCAUCUUGUCAAGGAUGAUAAUGCCGAUGGCUGGAAUUGUCCGCAUGAUCACCACCGAGAUCACAUACGCUACUUCGGAUUGCAGGACAAGAUAGUUCGUGUUCAUUAUGACCCGAUUGACCUCUUGGAGAUUAUUGUUCCCCGAGCUAGGAUUACAUGGAAUGUCGAACAUGAUCUCAACAUGAAGAACGAGAUAUUCUCCAAUGCUCAAGAACGAUGGACCCGAUUCACUACUUCCGUAAAGGCUAGGCUGAAAGUUAUCAAUACCGACAAUAUCCUCUCGGAAAAGGCUGAAGCAUGCAAAGGGGAAGUUGAACGACUGUCAAAGAAGAUACAGGACGACCAUACAUUGCUUAUCCGAAAACUACAAGACAAAUACAUGGCCUCGAAAUACUACGAGGUCAUCCCAUUUAAUGUCGUCCUUCGAGAUAUGUUAGUCAAGGUGGCCGAAUGGGAUACGGCGUUCACAAAGUUCGAGGCCGAUUUUCUACCCUCGGAUAAGGAUAUUCGCAGGCUGACGAUGAUCCACCUUCGUAAAAUGUUUACAGAUGAAUCAAAAGAGUCUAAUAAUGAGGCCACUGAUAAUACUGAAGAAAGUACGCAGGCAAGUGCACCAGACACCGAUUCGAGGCUAGAUACCCAACCAUCGGAACCUGUAUCCGAUUCUCCUCCGCUUGAUACAAUUCAAGAAAAGAGUCCUCUCGAUGUUCCACCCCAAGAAGAAACUUUAGAGAGAGUUGAACCAUUAGAUCUCGCGACACCGAAAUCACCUGUCUCCACCGCUUCUCUUCCGAGUCAGCCAGAGAAUAAAGUCGCAAUUCCACAAGCGUCGCCGCCGUUAAAUGCAAUUCGGACCCCGGCAUUGUCCCCAGAUCUUGCACCAGUUCCCACUCUCACCUCCGCGCCGCCGAUGUCACUCACCGAGCAAGUCAAGCAAAUUCGCCAUCGACAACAGUCGUUGUCGCUUGAAAACGCGGGUGUGGGGUCUAUACAAGGAAAUGAACAGUCUAAGACAGAGCGUGGUUCUUCCCGUAGGAUGGGAAUGAACGUGUCUCCGCCCAUGGUUCGUGCCUUAUCACACCCAGUGAAUAGUGUACCAACACUGCCUCGCAUGCAUUCCACGAUGGUUGGAAAGAAGAUGUUCGGUGCCAAUAAGGAGAAGGAUAGAGUGCCGUCUACCGAGGCACCAACCGGGAACGAACUCCGAAAAUCUUCAACAAGCGAGUCUAGUAAAGGGGAGAAGAAGCUCUUCAGUAGCCUCAGGCCUCACCGUAAGGGAAACUCGUCCUCUAUCCCGCGUUUCGUCGGAAAGAAAGACUCAAGGGUUUCAACUAUUCGCAAACAUUUCGAGCAACUCAGUCGAGAAUUUGAAAAAGAGCGUGAGAAGGAUAGAGAAAAGAGAAAACAAAAAAUGUCGCACUCGAGACCCUUCCUCCAGAAUUCUCCGGCAAAAGCUAUAGUUGAGGUCUAUGAAGACGUGGAUGAAGCCGUACAGGAAUCAGGGCCUGUUGAAGAUGAACUGGCUGCUGCAGCAGGCGUAGUUGAUGCCAAGCGAAACGAUUCAACAGAAUCAGCAAGGCCCUCGGUAGAGGCUAAGCUUGAGAGAGGGCAUCAACAAUCACCAAAAGACGAUCUCAAUCACGCUGAUGAUGUUAUGACAGAAUGCGAAACUGACGACCAAACGCACACUGCAAGUCUAGGUGCUACGGAUGACGAGCAAGGAGACAGCGAUACCGAACACUCGUUAAUUGACGGUACUACGCUAGAGGAGAUCGCUGAAUCGUUUGACUCCAGCACGGAUAUCCCAAUAGAACUGCCGAAACAGGACAAGAAUAACUUCAUGAAAGUCUUGACCACGUUUUGGAAUGAACGAUCUGCUAGCCAAUGGCCCCCACUGGAGUAUCCUCUGAACGCGACCGAUCAUAUCUUCUGGGACUCCGAUAUCAUUAUUCGAGAGGACGAGCCCAGUUCUCUGAUCGCGUUUGCUCUCAGUUCUGAGGAUUACAAAGAAAAGCUUCGGACUUUUUAUGAAAAGAGCAGUAAAAACGACGCAGCUUCUACCGAAGCUGAAGAUGAUGCGCGAUCCGAGAUGCCCUCAGAUAUUGGAGACAAUAUCACCGAGGAGCAAUUGGAGACUAAACUUGUGCAUACAACGAGCUGCCAUUACAAGUACCAAUUCACCGAAGGAACAGCAAGAAUGUUUGUCAAAAUCCUGUACGCCGAGCAAUUUGAUGCACUGCGACGAAAGUGUGGCGUCGCCGAUCGGAUUGUCGAGUCUUUAUCCCGAUGUCUAAAGUGGGAUUCUAAAGGCGGCAAAACGAAAUCGGUUUUCCUAAAGACCCAGGAUGACCGACUAGUAAUGAAGUCCUUAUCACCGGUGGAGACUGCCGCGUUCUUGAAAUUUGCGCCGGCAUACUUUAGCUUGAUGGCGGAAGCUCUUUUCCAUGACCUACCAUCGGUAAUUGCAAAGAUGUUAGGAUUCUUCCAAGUCAGCAUAAGGAACCCAGUGACAAACACGGAAAUAAAACUUGACUUACUUCUAAUGGAAAACUUAUUCUACGACCGAGCACCCACUAGGAUCUUUGAUCUGAAGGGAUCUAUGCGAAAUCGAAAGAUCCAGUCGACCGGUGAACAGAACGAGGUCCUCCUUGACGAAAACAUGGUGGAAUAUAUCUAUGAGUCGCCACUUUUCGCGAGAGAGCACUCGAAGAAGCUUCUGCGUGUCUCGGUCUGGAAUGAUACGCUUUUCCUAGCUCGUCAGAAUGUGAUGGACUAUUCCCUCAUGAUUGCCGUUGACGAAGCUAAGAAGGAGUUGGUCGUAGGCAUCAUUGAUUGCAUCCGAACCUACACCUGGGACAAGAAGCUCGAAAGCUGGAUCAAAGACCGCGGUUUCGCAGGCGGCGGUCGCAAUAGGCCAACUGUAACCAGUCCCAAGGAGUACAAGUCGAGAUUCCGGGAGGCUAUGGCGAGAUACAUUCUCGAGGCGCCAAAUUGUUGGCACCAGUUUAACUUACCAAUGCUAGGGUCGUCGUCGAGAACUCGAGCGGAGAUUAAUGCUGCUGCUGCGGAUGAAACAACGGCUACGGAUGCAGGUGCGGCAUAAUUAACAUUACUCUUUUUACGGACAUACGCCGGACAUGGCAUUAUAUGAGUGAUGUAUAGUGAGGGGAUUAUGAAAUGAGUUUACGAGGCGUUUGUGGAAGGUUUAUAGUAUGACGGUCACACACACAGGGCAACCUAAUUCUUUCAGAUGGGGAUGUCAACGAGGUACGAGAUGAACGAAAGCAUCAUUUGGGGCAGGGAGGUGAAAACGCAUGGCUGGCAUUUGCUUCUUGCUCUUAACAGAUACCCCCUUUUAAUGACGAACAAAAUGGUCUUCGUAAUAUACGCAAAUCAACG